CAGCGACCACCUCCUCAUCUGCACGCAGCAGCCGCAUCACGACGGCGCCGACAUGCCGCCGCCAGCAGCACCCGCCGGCAAGCAGCCGCUCUCCGUCGAGGCGCUCCUGGCCGCGCAGCAGGACAGCCAGGCCUUGCGUCCGCGCUUCCUCUCCAAGGCAGAGCGCCAGAAGCAGGCCCUCGAGAAGCGCGACGCCGAGGUGCGCGAGCGCCAGGCACGCGAGGAGAAGGAGCGCAAGGAGCGCGAGGAGUUUGAGCGGCGUGCCCAGGCCGAAGCACGGCGGAAUGGCGGCGGCGACGAUCGCGGCAGAGGAGGCCUUGACUACAAUGGCGACCGCUCGAUGCCACCACCGCGCGCUCCGGCAGGGCGCAACGCCGCACCGCACGCUCCUGGCAGAGCACCGCCUGCAGGGCCGAGCAGCGGGGUGCAGUACCAGCAAUACGAUCCCCGCCGCGACCGUCUGCAGGGUGCGCGUGACCGGCAGCAGGCACCAGCCGAUGCACCCGCUGGACCUCGCAACGGUGCAGCACCUGUGGCCAGCAGCAGCAGUGCAGCGACGAGCAGCGCCUCCACGCCAGCCGGUGCCGCGCCGGUGACGGAGGCAGAGCAGGCGCUGAUCCGCAACCGCUACCUGGGCAUUGCCGAGGUGCACAAGAAGAAGACGCGGCGCAUGCUCAGCGACAAGCGCUACAUGUUCACGCACGACAUGGCCGAGGACACGAGCGACCGCGUCAAUCCGGAGCUGUUUGGCAGCAGCAUCGAGGCGGGCGUGUUUGGCGCGGGCGGACGGGCGGGCAUGGAUCCGGCGCAGAGGGGCGCCAUCACUGCGAACGGCAUCGACCCGCUGAAGCGCAGCGGCGGCAAGUCGGCCUUUGCGGAGAAGCACUGGACGGAGAAGAGUCUCGAGGAGAUGAAGGAGCGCGACUGGCGCAUCUUCCGCGAGGACUUUGCCAUUGCAGCGCGCGGCGGACACAUUCCGCGGCCGCUGCGCAGCUGGAAGGAGUCGACGAUCCCGCGUGAGAUUCUGGCGAGCAUCGAGGACAUUGGCUAUGCCGAGCCGUCGCCUAUUCAGCGGCAGGCCAUCCCGAUUGGCCUGCAGAAUCGCGAUCUGAUUGGCAUCGCCGAGACGGGUUCCGGCAAGACGGCGUCGUUCGUCAUCCCGAUGCUGGCCUACAUCUCCAAGCUGCCGCGCAUGUCCGAGGCGAACCGGCAUCUUGGUCCCUACGCGCUCAUCAUCGCCCCGACGCGCGAGCUGGCGCAGCAGAUCGAGGUCGAGACGCGCAAGUUCACCGAGUCGCUCGGCUACACCGUCGUCUCGAUUGUCGGUGGCCGCGACAUGAACGAGCAGAGCUUCAACCUGCGCGACGGCGCCGAGAUCGUCGUGGCCACGCCGGGACGUCUCAAGGACUGCGUGGAGCGCCACGUGCUGGUGCUCAGCCAGUGCCUCUACCUCGUGCUCGACGAGGCAGACAAGAGUGUAGGUCUCGGCUUUGCCGACCAGCUCGACUACAUUCUCGACUCGAUGCCUGCGUCGAACCUCAAGCCCGACACCGAUGAGGCCGAGGACCCGACGGCGUUGGUAUCCGCGGGCGACAUUGCGGGACGCUACCGCGUGACCAUGCUGUACUCCGCCACGAUGCCUGCGAGCGUCGAGCGUCUGGCGCGCACCUAUCUGCGGCGGCCAGCGACGAUCACGAUCGGCGACGCCAACGCGGCCGUCGGCACGGUGGAGCAGCGCGUCGAGUUCAUCGCGGGCGAGGAGAAGAAGAAGACGCGCCUGAUGCAGAUCCUGCACUCGGGCUUCGAGCCGCCGAUCAUCAUCUUCAGCACGACGAAGCAGAGCGUCGACUCGCUGGCGCGCGACAUCCAGCGUGCGGGCUACAGCACGGCGGUGCUGCACUCGGGCAAGACGCAGACGCAGCGUGAGGAAGCACUGGCGAGCCUGCGCAGCGGCGACUGCCCCAUUCUCGUAGCGACCGACCUGGCCGGCCGUGGCAUCGACGUGCCGGACGUCUCGCUCGUCGUCAACUUUUCGUUCCCGACGAUGUUCGAGGCGUACAUCCACCGCAUCGGCCGUACGGGCCGAGCGGGCAAGCGUGGCCUGGCCAUCACCUUCCUGGAGAACCACGACGAGGAGUUCUUCUACGACCUCAAGAACGAGCUGGCGCGCAGUCCCAUCUCGUCGGUGCCGCGCGAGCUGGAGCGGCAUCCCUCGGCGCAGAAGCGUGUCUCGCGCGCCGAUAUCAAGCGCAAGCGCGACGAGGCCGACUGA